CUUAAAGGGACCGCCGCAAGGGGCGUGCUAGGCGCCGCCGCGGGAGUCAGCGCAGGGCGCUCAAUCCCCAGCAGAGUGGAGAAACUGAGGAGGCGACAGCUGAACAAGAUCAUCCCCUGGAUACUGGGCGAAGUCGCGCUCUGGUCACCUGUCUCGCGGGACCCCUCGGCGACCACUUUCCCAGGGACUAACUGCAGCCUGCAGGGUAGGUGAUUCUUGCAGCCUUAGCUACUCAAAAGCCAGCAAGUGCCAGUACCUGGGCUAGAACCAGAGCUGACUCAAGCUCUUACGUGGGACCCACUGCUCCCCGCCUCCAAGGUGUGAUGGCAGAGAAGGUGCUGGUCACUGGCGGGGCUGGCUACAUCGGUAGCCACACGGUGCUGGAGCUGCUGGAGGCAGGCUACUCGCCCGUGGUUAUCGACAACUUCCACAAUGCCAUCCGUGGCAGGGCCUCUAUGCCUGAGAGCCUGCGGCGGGUGCAGGAGCUGACAGGCCGUCCCGUGGAGUUUGAGGAGAUGGACAUCUUGGACCAGGUGGCCUUGCAGCGUCUCUUCAAGAAGUAUAACUUUAAGGCUGUCAUCCACUUCGCGGGGCUCAAGGCUGUGGGCGAGUCGGUGCAGAAGCCUCUGGAUUAUUACAGAGUUAACCUGACAGGGACCAUCCAGCUUCUAGAGAUCAUGCAGGCCCACGGGGUCAAGAACCUGGUGUUCAGCAGCUCAGCCACUGUGUACGGGAACCCCCAAUACCUGCCUCUGGAUGAGGCACACCCCACAGGGGGCUGUACCAACCCCUACGGCAAAUCCAAGUUCUUCAUUGAGGAGAUGAUCCGAGACCUGUGCCGUGCAGACAAGGCCUGGAAUGCGGUGCUGCUGCGGUACUUCAACCCCACAGGGGCCCAUGGAUCAGGCCGCAUUGGCGAGGACCCCCAGGGCAUCCCCAACAACCUCAUGCCCUACGUCUCCCAGGUGGCAAUCGGGCGAAGGGAGGCCCUGAAUGUCUUUGGCAAUGACUACAACACUGAGGAUGGCACAGGUGUCCGGGAUUACAUCCACGUUGUGGAUCUGGCCAAGGGCCACAUCGCCGCCUUGAGGAAGCUGGAGGAGCAGUGUGGCUGCCGGAUCUACAACCUGGGUACUGGCACAGGCUACUCGGUGCUACAAAUGGUCCAAGCCAUGGAGAAGGCCUCAGGAAGGAAGAUCCCCUACAAAGUGGUGGCACGGCGGGAAGGCGACGUGGCUGCCUGUUAUGCCAACCCCAGCCUGGCCCACAAGGAGCUAGGUUGGACAGCAGCCCUGGGGCUGGACAGGAUGUGUGAAGAUCUCUGGCGCUGGCAGGAACAGAACCCAUCAGGCUUCAGCGCACAGGCCUGAGCAACUGUCCACUCUCCAGCCCCUGGCAGGACCCCAGGCUCCAGAGCGUUGGGGCCAGGCCAAGGCCACCCUACCUCAAAGCCCAGCCAGGCCCACUCAGCCCACCAGGCAGGAGGCUGGGGGCUCCACUGACCAGGAGCCAUGCUGUCUUGCACGUGUCUCCUACUGGGCCCAGGAAGGCAGCAGGGCCACCAAGAAUGGGCUAGCAGCAGGGCUGUGGGACCACACUUUCCUCCCAGGCACCAAAUGACACUGCUACCAGGGAACUUUCCAAAGUAUUUAAAAUAAAAAGUUUUCUUUUACUGGG